CACAUAGAGGAAUAGAGAAUAGAAGAGCAGCCUUUUUUCCAUUCUUUUUACCAUUAGUUGUACACUAUUCAGCUUUCCCAUCCAACUUUGGGUUCAGUUCAAGAGAUGCCUUAUAAGGAUUACUCAUCCGGGGGUCGUGUUUGUUAUUCCUAACAGGUGUGUAGGGGGGAGAAACAACAACAACAACAGCAACAAACUGCUAACUCGUGUUGUCUGACUGACAAAGCAACAAGUUGGAUGUUUGCCGAGGCUGCACUUGUGAUGGGGACAGAGCUCUGUACGGGGAGUCCGCAGCAACAGGUUGUGAAAUCCUACCUAUCAUGCAAAGGCUUUGGUUGUGGUCUGCUUGUGUGUGGGGGCGCGAGGGACGGAGGCAGACUAACAGAGAACUAAGCUUGGUAGCUUUACCCUAGGGGCACCGGGCUGUAAAAGAUGCCCCUGUAACCCUGGAACCAUGGAACCAUGACAGUCAUCACUUAUUCAAACGGUGCUGGGAGACUUCUGAACCAAAUACAGGUUCCUGAGCGUCCCUCUGCUUACGGGAAUGUCCCACAACCCUUCUCUGAGGAUCUAGAACUUGGGACUAUGCUGGACCCUUUAGAAAUCAAAAGAUGCUUGUGGGUCAGAAGCCCACGACUGAAUGAAGAUAAGGAAACAAAGAAGGGGGGAAAUAUUCAAAGGGAACGGCAGACGUUGAGCAGAACACUCAACAGUAGGAGAAAAGAAAACCAUGAUAGAAACACAGUAAAAGGGAAGGAUGGGAAUGAGACGAAUGUCUCUGUCAUGUUGUUAUUAAUAGAAAAUAAAGGUGAAAUUAGGCAGAGAGAGAAAGGGAGCACAAAAAAGAAGCAAUGGCUUAUCAUUUCAUGGCUGUUGCACCUGAUAAUCAGCAGUGAAGAAAAGAUGAAGAUGCAGAUGAAUAUCAGUGGGCUGAAGUGGCAUCACGUCUUCGUCCAGUUGCUUCUGCUCUUCCUCAGCCUCAGUCCAAAACUUGCCUCAUCACAGGGACAUUUCCCACGAAUGGAGAACAUUGCUGCCUUCAAACCUGUGUCCACCUCUCCACCUCGGUCCACCUGUGGCUUUCCAGAGCGGAGAAGCUACUGCCAGUCGCCUUUGUCCAGGACUGAGCUGCUAACUUGUUUUCAAGCUUUCUGUGUCCAGGAGUGCCCCUAUAGAUCCUCCACACCUCCAUAUGCCCCGCUGCUAUUGGCUCCACGCAGGGGUACCUGUGUCAUGGAAGAUGCUCAAGACACACACUUUCGGACAGAGACGGAUGGACUUUCUACCGGGUCUGGUGGUUUGCUGUUCCAGCCGGGCCAGGACGGGUGUCUGAUUUCUCCGCCUUCACAGGCACUAGGAGCACUGGGUUCCUUCACCUUGGCAUUAUGGAUAAAACCAAGCUCUACUGGGGAAAUGAUGCUGCUGGAGAAAAGCCUAGGGGCACGGUUGAUAUUUUCUGUGACUGUGUCUGAGCAGACUGUAACUCUGCGGUAUGGCCAGUCCAGCACUGAAACUUAUCUGACCGUCAUCUUCAGAACAGAGGGCAGGCUACGACUGGAGAGAUGGACACAUCUUACUUUGCAGAUCCAUGACCGACGGGCAAGUCUUUUUCUUGAUGGACUCGAGGAAGACGGAACACCAUUUGACACCAAACUUCUGACCAGCGCAAUCUCUGAUAUCAGCGAGGACAGUGCCAUGUGGGUGGGCCUUAGCUCUAAUGGGUCUAAUCAGUUCAUUGGGCAGAUGCAAGACUUCAGAUUUUAUCCUGCCACUUUGACCAACAGAGAAAUUGUUGAAUUGUACUCUGGAGUCCUGCCUGAGCUCCAUGUCCAGUCUGAGUGUCGCUGCCCUCCCAGUCACUCGAGAGUACACCCUUUAGUUGAGCGGUACUGCAUUCCCAAUGCGGUUGAGGACACCACCAAUGACAGGGUCUUAAGACUGAACAUUAAUGCUCAUCCACUCAGUUACAUCAAUGAUCAGGACAUGGGUACCACAUGGCUAUCUAAGAUCAUGACAACGCAAGAACUGGAUGAAGGAGUCACUAUAAUAGUGAAUUUGGCUAAUGGACAGUACCAGGUGUUCUAUGUAAUACUUCAAUUCGGAGGUCCUUUACCUGAAUCAGUUUUGAUCCAGAGACGGAAGCUGGAUCUCACAGAGUCUGGAAAUGCUAGCAACAUUGAGCAGCCCUGGUUGGACUGGCAGUAUAUGGCCAGAAACUGCAAUGUGUUUGAAAUGCAGAACGAUGGACCUAUACUAAAGCCAGACGGAGUCAACUGUUUACAAUUGCCCAGUGACAUGCCUUUAUCAGGAGGUAACAUCACAUUCAGCCUCCUGACUACUCAGCCAAAUCUGAGACCGGGUUACAACGACUUCUACAAUACUCCUGCCCUGCAGGAGAUGGUACAAGCUGCCCAGGUCCGAAUACUUCUGAGUGGACAGUACUACACCAGAGCAGCUCGGGUGAACCAGCAACACAGAUACUUUGCCAUCAAUGAGAUCACCAUCAGUGGCAGAUGCGACUGUCACGGUCACGCUGACCACUGUGACACCAGUGUCACGCCAUACCGCUGUUUGUGCCUGCCAGAGAGCCACACAAUAGGAAAUAACUGCCAGCGUUGUGCACCGCUCUACAAUGACAAACCCUUCAGGUCCGGAGAUCAGCUCCAGCCUAUGAACUGCCGACCUUGUCAGUGUCACGGCCACGCCCUCUCCUGUCGUUACGAUGUCCUAGUUGAUGACCAACCAUAUGAGCACUAUCGAGGAGGAGGAGGCGUAUGUGACAACUGCAGGCACAACACCACAGGAAAGAACUGUGAUCUGUGUAAAAGUGGGUUUUUUAGGCUGGAGGACUCUGAUCCCAGUUCAGCCGACGUGUGUCAGCCCUGUAACUGUUACACCGCUGGAACAGUCAACAGCAGUAUGGGCUGUAUCCAGAUAGGAGGUCAGUGUCAGUGUAAGGCUGCAGUUACAGGUCGUCAGUGUUCAGACUGUCUGCCUGGUUGGUUUGGUCUCAAUGCCUCAAAUCCGAAUGGCUGCAUUCCCUGUAACUGCAGUGACCUGGGCAUCAUCAUGACCGCAGCAGGUGCAGUGGCCAGCUGCAGUUAUUACACGGGACAGUGCCAGUGUAAGCCCCAUGUCUCAGGUGUUUCAUGUGACCGUUGUGAGUUUGGUUACUGGAACCUCUCCCACCCAGAUGGCUGUAUUCCAUGUGAUUGUGACCCGCUGGGUUCCCUCAGUCCAUUCUGUGAGCCUGAGGGGGGCCAGUGUGAGUGUAAGCCUGGGGUGGGGGGCAGGCGAUGUGACUCGUGUGGCAGCGGCUUGUACGGGUUAAGACUCGAGGGGUCCUGUGCACCUUGCAUCUGCUCACAUGAUGGGACCGUACCUGGGACAGACUGUAAUCAAUACACAGGACAAUGUGUGUGCAAGGAACAUGUGGAAGGCCGUCGCUGUGACUCUUGCCGUCAUGGUUACCACACCUUGGAGCAUCGAAACUCUCUGGGCUGCCUGCCAUGCAUGUGUGACUUUGGUGGGACUGUGCCAGGGGGUGUGUGUGAUAGCAGAACUGGACAAUGUCCAUGCAAAGACGGGGUGAAGGGAGCACAGUGUACCAACUGUAUGCAGAACUACUACAACAGGACUUUAGACCUCCACAAGGGUUUGUCUCAAGGCUGUGUACCAUGUAUCUGCGACUCCAGGGGAACAGUAAUGGGGUCAGUGUGUGACAGCACCACGGGCCAGUGUGUUUGCCUCCCAACACGCUAUGGAAAAGACUGCAGUAGCUGCAGACCCGGUUUCUAUCUCUCUCCAAACCACAGUAUGUGUCUGGAGUGUGACUGCCAUCCUAUGGGAGCAUUACAGAGUAGCUGUGAGAGCCGGACCGGACAGUGUGUCUGUGUUCAUCCCUCAGUGGGAGGACAACGUUGUGAUCAGUGUCAUGAGAUGUUCUUUGGAUUCAACCCUGGUCUGGGCAGAUGCCAGCCUUGUGCGUGUAAUCAAGAGGGCAGUAUCAGUGGUUCUUGCCAUCCAGACACAGGGGCAUGUGUGUGUAAGCUGUUGGUAACUGGAGACAAAUGUGAUUCAUGUCAGCCUGGAGCGAAUCAUUUUGAUCCUGAAAACCACUUGGGCUGCAGCAAAGCACCCUCUCAGCAGCCUGCACCUAUGGGCUUUGCUCCCAGCUAUUCAUCUCUCCGUCUGUCCUGGCAUCCACCUGAUUCCCCAAACUCUCACAGAAUCAACUACACUCUCAUCAGAGAUGAACAGUCAGUGCAUUCGGUCAAUAGCCACUAUCCUUUCAGUACUGAAACAUUUGAGGACAAUGGGCUGUUUCCCUUUACAAACUACUCUUACUGGCUGGUAACAGCAAACAUAGCUGGUAAGACAGUGAGUCCUUCAGUCUCGUACCAAACUUUAGGUGCACCACCUUCUGCUGAUGAGCUCCGUAUAAACCUGCUGGGACGACCAGGUCCAACCAGUGCUAGCUUUAACUGGAGCACACCGAGGAAUGCCACAGGUCCAGUUGAGAGGUUUGUGUUGUCAUCCAUAGAGUCAUCUCGCAGCAAAGAUCCUGUAAUUCACUAUACAGGUUUAUCUACAGAGGCAGUGGCAAGUGGCCUAAAGCCUUUUACACAGUACACCAUAAUACUGAAGGCAUGUUCUUCUGGAGGUUGUACUUCUAGCCCACCACUGGUUCUUCUGACAGCUGCUGCUCCUCCACAAAACCAGCCUCCCCCUAGAGUCACUGCUACUGGACCUCAUACACUGCAUGCGUCUUGGGAGCCCCCAAGUCAGCCAAAUGGUGUUAUCACAAAGUAUGAGGUGUUUCUGCGUGGUCCAGUGGAUUCCCAGAACCUGUCAAGUUCUGCUGUUGAGAAGAGAGUCUUCUACAGCUCUGGUUGGCUGGAUCCAAGUGUCUCUACAGAAGGAGAGCUAAUGAACAGAAGCACAGUAUCAGCUCCUGAAAGCAGUACAGUUGUCGCAGAUCUGCAGGCAUUUUCGACCUACCAACUGAGAGUUGUGAGCAUCAACAGUGCAGGAAGUGUCACAUCAGAUUGGAGCACAGCACGAACCAUGGAGGGAGUCCCAGAGUUUGUGGCUCCUCCAGAAGUGUCAGCACUCUCAUCCACAAGUCUCAAAGUCACAUGGAGCUCUACUGACCAUCAAGGGUUCAUCUCUAGAGGACCAGUAAUUGAAUAUCGGGUCAAUUUGCUCACAGUUCAGACUACCAAUAUGUACGCUCCUCCAGUUGUUAGUCAGGUUUUACACAGAGCGGGACCAUCAUCACAGCCUGUUUACAUAGUUAAAGGACUGAAACCUUACCACGCUUACAACUUCACUAUCACGCUCUGCAACAGGAUGGGUUGCAUAACAAGUCUGCCAAGCACCGGACGGACCUUACCAGCAGCCCCUAAAGGACUGUCUUCACCUCGGUUACAUUCUGUAAACGAAACCAGCAUUCAGAUAGUUUGGGACCCUCCAGCCCAACUCAAUGGACCUCACCCACUUUAUCAAGUGGAGAGGGCAGAUGUAUCCCUCUCUGACUCACAAGAACCAGUUGUCAGAGGAACCAGAUUUCCAGGAAAUGGUUAUUACCAGUUUCCCAGUAACACCCUUCCCAGCAAUACUGACUUUACAGGUGUUGAGUUGAGUUUCAAGACUCGUUCCCCAGAUGGGCUUCUGCUUUGCGCCUUUUCCCCAGGAGAUCAGGAAGAGUUUCUGGCUAUCCAGAUCAAAAAUGGACGUCCUUACUUUUUGUUUGAUCCUCAGGGCUCAGCGGUUGCUGUGAGCGUACAGGGUGAUGGAGGGCGCCUCUACAAUGAUGGACAAUGGCAUAGCAUCACAGCAAUGAGGCGAGGGGCCGUGGGAACAAUCGUUGUAAAUGAUCAAUACAGUGGAAGUGCAUCAGCUUCCAGUGGCAGCAGUAUUAUUGGUGAGAACAUGGGAGUUUUCAUCGGUGGUCUGCCUGAAGACUUUCCUCUUCGAAGAGAAGAUUCAGGCGAUGCCCAGCUGGUGCGGCAGGGCUUUUCUGGCUGCCUCAGAGAUGUGAGUGUAAAGAUGACAGACAGCCCCUCAGAGAAAUGGCAGUUUUUGGACUGGAGAAAAGGCACAAAGAAGGUGGAAGUGUAUGAAAGCUGGGAGGGAUGUCCUCCUGAGACUGUGGAAGGAGCCCAUUUUCUCGGCCAUGGUUAUUUGGAGUUGGACACAGGGGUUUUCAGUGGAGGACAGGACUUUGAUAUUUCUAUGGAUUUCAGAACGGACCAGCUCAAUGCACUUUUGCUGUUUUCAUACAACACACAAAGUCAAGACUACAUGCUCGUGGAGCUGGAAGCUGGUCUUCUGUCUUUUAUUCUCUCCUCUGAUGGUCACGUGACUGAACUCAGCACGUGGGUGGGGCUUAGUUACUGCGAUGGAGACUGGAAGAAGUUGUCACUGGCAAAACGCAGCUCAGUCAUCUCUGCUGCAGUCAACGACUGGGCAGAGGAAACAAGAGGAGUGGGGGGGGCAGUGAGGUUGAGUGUUGAUUCACCAUUAUACUUGGGAGGGGUUCCACUGGAACUUAUACAUCCUGCUCUGAAUGCCCAAAGUCACAAGCACGGCUUAGGCGGUUGCAUACGGGGUCUUACCAUUCGUAGUAAUGAAAGAAACCCUCCUGCCAAGGAACGUGUUAAUCUUGCCGUUGCCUCCCGCCGUUCUGUUCGAGUCUACUUGGAUGGCUGUCCCACUAGUGAAAGCCGGUUCCACUGCAGAGGAAAUGAUACAGUGUUGGUGUACAGUGGGACAAAGACACAAUCCACAGAUUACAGUGUACAGCCUUUUACAGAGUACCUGUACCGGUUUGUGGCCUUAGCUGCUGGAGGCUGGGCAUCAAGCCCUUGGCAGAGAGGACGCAGCCACGGCAAAGUACCCACAUCAGUCCCACCUCCAACUACAGUUAAGAGUAUCAGUGGUUUCAGUGCCAAAGUGAGUUGGGAGCCCCCCAUUGGUGACACCAUGGUGCUGAUUGACAGAUAUGUGCUAAAGGCUUACAAUAAGGACCAUCCAGAAGAACCACCUAUCAAAACCACAUACCUGGCUAAUGGAAAUUUCACAGGUGUCAUGACAGGUCUUACUCCAUCCACUCGAUACGUUAUCACUAUCAGUGCCUGUACUCCAGGUGGCUGCACUGAGAGUCUUAUAAAUGAGAGCAAUGAUGAUAAUGGUUCAAUCCUCACAACUCCAGAGGAAGCUCCAACUGGUGUCACUCUUCCACCUGUAGUCUCAUCCCCUUCAUCUCUCUUUGUUACCUGGACACCACCAGCAAGGCCCAAUGGAGUCAUUACAGAGUACCUCCUUUAUCACAACCACCAAAUGGUCUACAGAGGGAAAAACAGACAACAUAACAUCACUGGUCUUGAUGUGUACUCCACACACUUCUUGGUACUGAGUGCAUGCACUUUAGCGGGUUGUGCCAACAGUUCACAAGUUACAGCUGUGACCUCUCAGCUUCCUCCUGGGCCCUUACGAGCACCAACUCUUACCCUGCUGGACUCUCAGACUAUUUUUGUAGAGUGGUCACGUCCCUCUCAGAUAAAUGGCAUGUUGGAGUCCUAUUCCAUCUUCCUGUCACAUGACGGGGCAGAGCCCACGGUUGCUUAUAACAGCUCAGAACUUCUUGAAGACCACACACUUCGCAACCUUACACCUGGAACAUCUUACACCAUCACAGUGGCUGCUUGCACACUAGGUGGGUGUACGUUAAGCCCCCCAAGCCAGGUUCAGACUGAGGAGAGCACCCCGGAGAAUGUUCCUGCGCCACUGGCCACGCCUCUGUCCCCACAUGCACUCAACGUCAGCUGGACUCCUCCUGACACACCAAAUGGUGUUAUAACUAGCUAUGGUCUCUGGCUGGAUGGAGCUCUCGUCGUAAACUCCAGCUCUUCCAGGACUUGGUUCAUGGUGAAGGGACUCGCUCCAUGGAGCCGACAUGUACUCAGGCUCCAGGCUUGUACAUCGCAGGGCUGUGGCAAGGGACCAAUGGUGGAAGUGCGUACAUUAGAGAUGCCCCCAGAAGGCCCUAUACUUCUGGAGCUUACCAUUCAGAGCUCUAGAUCACUGCAAGCCCGCUGGACUGCCCCUCCAAGACCAAAUGGGAACCUCAGCUACACGUUGCUCUACAAAAGCAGAGAUGGAGAUGGUGUAAUGGAUGGUGCUACAGCAGCAGGCAUCUGGAUGUCUGUGACUAACCUACAGCCUUACACAAACUACAGCUUUUGGAUCAGAGGGUGUAACACACAAGGUUGUGUUGAGAGCCUGCCACUUAGUGUUACUACACCCCCAGCAGCCCCAGAUGGGUUGUCACCUCCAACUUUGGCCCGUGCAACUAAUACCAGCCUGAAUGUAUCCUGGUCCGCCCCUGUCAACUCCAACGCACCAGGCCCACUCCACUACAGCUUGCAAAUGAGGACAUCUCCACAGAAGCCUGUCAUAAAGCUUUUGGAAAAUGCAACGGAUACCUUUUCCUAUUAUGUAGAUGGUCUGUCACCGUACACACACUAUCUGUUCAGAGUGGUGGUUUCACACACUCAUGGGCAAACAGCUGGCCCUUGGGCAACCUUGUGCACUGCAGAGGACAGUCCAGGCGCAUUAAACAUCCCUACUAUACUGGGCCUUCAUUCUCGAAGUGUGUUGAUUACCUGGGUUCCUCCCACACAACCCAAUGGAAUUAUUACCAAUUACAGCCUCUAUCUUCAACCUGGAUCCAGCACUUCUUUAGAUGAUCUCCCUAGCACCCGCUCAACCCUCAGCCCAAGCUUGGGUCCUAACCCAGGCCUGCUGCACAUCACAGAGGGUGCACGUCUUUAUUCAGAUUCUAACCAUACCACAUUAUUUAAUCAUACUUCUCCUCAUAGUUCAAGCCACAUAUCCAUGUCUUCUAUCAGCACAGGGUCUAAUAAUGGAUUGAGCACAAUUCAAGACUUUAUACACACACACCCAAACAAUUUCUCAACCUUGAAGCCUCAUGUUGUGGAAGGCAAUGAAACUGGGUCAACUCAUAAAAGCAAAAUCAGCCAAGUACCCAGCACAAUUUUAAUCCACCUUUCUGAGCCCAAUUCCAGCAGUGUACAUUUGAGCAAUUCAUUAUCAGAAACUGAGUACAGUCCAAGCAGCUAUAAUCCAUAUGAUGUUGUAAAAAGAGAGCCCUUCACCAGCCCCAUCUCUAGUUCUUACAGUGCAGCUACAGGCACGAUGCCACUGUCAGUCACUCUUCCUGGGAACACCACCAGCUACACUUUCCUCGAUCUACUUCCCUACCAGACUUAUAGCCUCCAGAUGGAAGCAUGCAAUAGUGUGGGCUGCUCAGUGUCUUGGAUGCCUCAGCAAUUUCGAACCCUCCCAGCUCCCCCUGAAGGAGUUCCUGCUCCGUUCCUCUACUCUGACACGCCCACCUCUGUUCUCUUAUCCUGGGGUGCACCAGAGAGAAGCAAUGGGCCACUGGAACGCUGGCUGAUUGAACGUAGACUUGAUGGGACCAAACAAGUUUCCACCGUGGGGCAAGUCUCGCCAGACCGCCCCCCUUUUUCUUUCCUGGACUCUUCAUCAGCUCUCAGUCCCUGGACUAGCUACCAGUAUCGACUUGUGCUCCAUAAUCAGGCUGGACAUGCUACAGGGCCAUGGGUCAGUAUCACCACCCGACCUUCUCGACCAGCUGGUCUUAGUCCACCAGGAGUGAAGGUUUUGGGACCAGAGUCUCUUCAAGUCUCUUGGUCACCCCCUCUGAUUCCCAACGGAGAGAUUCGUGGAUAUGAAAUCCGCCUCCCAGAACCCCGAUUCUUCCAUGACACUGACAGUGCAUCUGAGCUCAAUGUCACCAUAGCAAACCUUGUUCCCUACACAAAUCACAGCGUCACUGUGUUGGCGUGUUCAGAAGGUGGAGGGCAUGUUGGAGGAUGCACGGAAAGUCUUCCCACUUUUGCAACCACAUUUCCCACAAGCCCUGAAGCCCUUGCACCUCUCUCAAUAGUGGCAGUGAGUGAGUCUUUCCUUGCCAUUUCCUGGCAACCACCAAGCCGGCCGAAUGGACCUAAUAUCAGAUAUAAGUUGCUCAGACGGAAAACCCACCAGCCCCUGGCCGUAACAUCGGCCCCCACAUUAACAGGCACGUCUCCACCCCCCUCUGAAGAUCUCCAUCGCUGGCUCCAUGUUUACUCCGGCACCAAAUUGUUCUACCAAGAUAAAGGCCUAAGCAGGUUCACUCGGUACCAGUACCAGUUAGAGGUCCAUAAUGAUGUGGGCUCCACCUCAGGAGAGACUGUCCCUGCAGUGACCAUGGCAGGAGUUCCCCAGAACUCUCCAUCUCUGUCUGCUCGAGCUGUCAACCACACAGCUGUACAAGUCAACUGGACACAGCUGUCUUUGCAAGACUUACAGGGAGAGGUGGAAUAUUCCUAUCUCACAAUAGAGUCUCCUCAGCCAGGCUGGACUUUGUCUUUUGGACCUGAAAUCAAGUCCACAAUCAUAGCUAACCUUUGGCCCGGUACCAGAUAUCAGGUGUCACUACAAGUGUCCAAUGGAGCACAUAAUACAACUAAGGCAAUAGCUAACGUCACCACAAAAGAUGGAGAACCAGAAGGGAUGUCUGCCCCAGAGAUAGUCGCCGUGAACAGCAGCACGGUACGUGUGCUCUGGGUUCCUCCUCUGCGACCCAACGGAGCUGUUAUUGGUUAUAACCUUUACGUGGAUGGCCGCCUCCACGGCAGUGCAGAGAACAACUCCGGCUCAUACCUGCUGCGUGACCUACUACCUUUUACAGUCUACGAUAUACAGGUGGAGGUGUGUACAGUUUAUGCAUGUGCCAGGAGUAAUGUUACGCAAACAACAACUGUGGAGGAUCUCCCUGCUGACUUGUCGAUCCCACAUGUUAAAAUAAUUGGUCCAAGGUUGGUAAGAUUAGAUUGGUCCCGCCCAGGCAAACCCAGUGGGAUCAUGCUGGGCUAUGAGGUUUUAAGAAGGACCCUCAGAUCAUGCAACAAAGGGUCACCAGGGCAAACGCAAGCCUCGGGGAAGGAGUCAGACAGUCCUGAUGGUUCAAGGUUUAGAUGUUCCUACCUGCAGUGUCCUCCGGGUCAUGGUGUGUGUGGGACAUCCUGUUUCCAGCCUGAUAUACAGGUCUGCUGCAGUGGACUGUUUUACACGCGGAAGCCACAUCAUCAUUGCUGCGAGGGCCGUUAUCUACAUUUGAAUGAUUCCUUCAACCCUGUGUGUUGCAAUGGCAAACUGGUCCCAUCUCUCCCUGACCGCCAGUGCUGUGGAGGAUAUUAUGUUCUUGUAAAAAACGAUGAAUACUGCUGUCCUGACCACUCGCAGGGCCGAGUCUCGGUGGGGCUAGGUGACAGCUGCUGUGGGGGGGCUCCUUACUCCAUGACAGGCGGCCAGCUCUGCUGCAGUGGGAGCCUUCAUGAUGGCUACGGGGUUCAGUGCUGUGGAGGCCGGAUUGUAGAUGAUGCCCUGGUGUGCUGUGGUGACGCUGAGAGGGGGGAAGUGCAUAAAUAUACCCCAGGAUUUGUCUGCUGCGGUCAGGAGUACAUAAACUCUUCAGCCUCUCUUUGUUGUUUGGAAAAUGAUGGACAUGCCACAAUACACCCUGCUGGCAAUGCUACAGUGAUACUUAAGUGCUGUGGGUCAGUGAUCAUACAUCAGGAUGAGGAAUGCUGCAACGGCAUUGGUUUCGACCCCCAGCGACAUGUGUGUGCUGACCGACCCACACCUGGCCUGUUAAUACAACACCGGUGUUUGCAGGGUGCUGUGUGUCCCGUGGCUGCAGCAGCUACAGCGUAUUGUGGUUCCUGUGACCUUGAUCCAUCUCUGACUGCCUGCACAUGGGUCCUGACUGCACACACACCCCCUGAUACACAAUCCAUGACACAUUCACCAUUCAUCAGCAGCACGCAGGAAACUCCCUCUACAAGCCUGUCAGCAAAAACAAUCAGAAAGGAUAAAACUUACAAAAUGGUAGACGGACACAGUCACACACACAAUGUGGGCUCUCAGUUGGAGGAGGGACUGUGUCCAUCACACGAGGAGGUAGUGUACAGCGGAGAUGCCAGCAUUUACACCUAUACAGACUCUGACCGGGAGCCCUUCACUACCUACGAGUACAGAGUGAAGGGCUGGAACAGCUUUGGUUGGGGCUUCAGCAAUGUAACAGCGGUGACGACCAACGAAGACAAGCCCUGGGGAGUAGCCCCACCCCGCUGGAGUCGCCUGGGUGAACGGGACGACAUCAUUCAGUUGCAAUGGCAAGCACCUGCCAGACGUAAUGGUGUGAUCACUCACUAUGUUAUACUACGGGACGGACAAGAACGUUAUCGUGGAGAUGAAUACAGUUUCACUGAUGUCGGUGGGAUCAGGCCUUUUCAGGAAUACAGUUAUCAGCUCAGCGCCUGUAAUCGGGCUGGUUGCACUGAAAGCACAAAGGUGACGGCAGUGACAGUCCAGGGAGUCCCAGAGGAUGUGCAGCCUCCAGUGGUAACAACGAUAAGCUCUUCCUCCCUCCACGUGAGCUGGUCUGAGCCCUCCCAUCAAAAUGGCAUCAUACAGCGGUACCAGCUCAACCAGACUGGUGUCGGAGCCAUAUUUACACACUCUCAUGGGCCCGGAAAUUAUACUGUGACUGGUUUGCAGCCUUACACCAACUACAGUUUUGUCCUGGUGGCUUGCACAGCUGUUGGAUGUGGAGCCAGCGAGCCGUCCACAGGAUGCACCCUCCAAACCUUACCUGCUGGUGUGUGGUCGAGGCCCAGGCACCUGAUAAUAAACACAUCUGCAGUGGAACUGUACUGGGACCAGCCAUCCCAGCCUAAUGGACUCAUCUCCCAGUACAGGCUGAUCAGAGAUGGUCUCCCUGUUUUUACUGGAGGCCACCAUGACCAGAAUUACACCGACACUGGACUCCUGCCAAAUCACCGGUACACAUAUGUGUUGGAGGCUAGUACAGAAGGAGGCACAGGAUUCAGUGACAAAUAUGCCAUAAAAACACCUGUAUCCUGCCCCACUGGCAUUCCACCUCCCCACAGUGUGACGGUGUCAGGACCCGUCUCCAUCUCUCUUGCCUGGUCCCCUCCUGCUCAAAGAAGCAACACCCGGCCUGUGAACUACAACGUCCUGUUGAAUCCAGGGAGUCACAAAGCUAUAAUACGUCACGCAGGGCAAGACUUGUACCUCUCUGUCACAGGCCUGGAGCCUUUCACCAUUUACUACUUAAGAGUGCAGGCCUGUCAGAGUUUGGGAUGUGGAGUUGGAGAGGGUGUCUAUGUUCGGACUUUAGAGGCUCCCCCUGAAGGUAUUCUGCCCCCCACUGUAAAGGCAACUGGAGCUAAUGUACUUGAGAUCCACUGGACACCGCCCAUAAGACCAAAUGGACUCAUCACCUCCUACCAUAUAUACCGGCGUCCAUUAGGAACUGAAGAGGAGCUGCUGGUUUUCAUCUGGUCCAGUGGUCCACUUGAAUUUGUUGAUGCAAGCCCCACUCUGAGCCCCUUCAGCUACUUUCAGUACAAAGUUCGUGCUCACAACUCCAAAGGCUCAGUUCUGAGUCAGUGGACUUUAGCCCGAACGUUACAGGCAGAACCCAAAGAUAUGGCCCCUCCCACUGCCACACCCUCUGGUGCACACUCGGUCCACCUGAAGUGGAGUGAGCCAGGACAGUCCAACGGUCUCAUUUCCCAUUAUAGACUGGUUUAUAAGAAGCACCAAGAGGACCCAACACUCAACACAACUGCUGUUACUGCUCUCACUGUAGAGGAUUCAGUCUCGGAGGCAACAGUUUUUGGUCUCCAGCCGUACAGUCAGUACAGUCUCCGUGUGGAAGCUGUGAAUGGGGCAGGCAGUGUUUCCAGCCCAUGGGUGGACAUUAGGACCCUGGAGGCUUCUCCAACGGGCCUGUCCAACUUCACAGUGGAGCACAGAGAGCAGGGGAGGGCGUUGCUGCUGAGCUGGGACGAACCACGGGAUCCAAAUGGAGUCAUAACGCUGUAUAAUGUGUACAGUGAAGGGAACUUGGAGUUCAGUGGGCUAUCACGCAGUUUCCUGUUUCGCCGUUUGGAGCCGUGGAAGGUUUAUUCUCUGACUCUUGAAGCUUGCACCUCAGCAGGCUGCGCCCACACCCCUCCUCAGCACAUCACCACAGCACCAGCACCUCCUGCCUUCCAGCCGCCCCCCAGGAUUGACUCCAUCGGCCCAGACCACGUGUUGCUCGCCUGGAGCCCUCCCUCCCAGCCCAACGGGCCAGUUGGAGAGUAUUCUUUACUUGGGAGAAGUUUGAAAGAAAAGAGGAGGGGAAGUAGCGAUGAAGAGGAUAUUGAUGGGGGGAAAGUGCUCUUCAGAAACCCCCCCCCACACGAACCUGAAACCCUCUCCUUUACAGUGACGGAUUUGCGUCCAUGGACACAAUACGAGUUUAGUGUCUGUUCUCACAACCCGGCCGGACGCACCUGCAGUCCCUGGGUGGCGAUAACAACUAGACAAGCUCCUCCCCGUGGACUAGCCUCUCCCACACUGACUCAUCUCAAAGGCCGUCCAAGUGAAGUGCUGGUGACCUGGACCCCUCCUCUGGAGCCUAAUGGAGUUCUUCGCUCUUAUAGGAUCCAAAGAAACAAUGUCAGUUUCUCAUUCAGUUUUGAUCCGACUGUUCUCACCUACAUAGAUGAAGAUCUGCAACCGUUUUCAUCAUAUAGCUACUCCAUGAUUGCCUGCACAUCUGAGGGAUGUGUAACCAGCUCUCAGGCAAACAUCACCACACUAGAGGCUCCACCCACUAAAGUGGAAGCUCCCUCAGUGGACGCCAUCACAACCAAUAGCAUGAAUAUAUCUUGGAGUAAACCACUGAUGCAGAAUGGUGAGGUGAUGGAGUAUGUGCUGAACCUGAACAACGAGGAGGCUUAUCGUGGGGGUGACCUCCAUACGGUGUUGCUAAAUCUGCAGCCGCAUACAUCACAUGAACUGGUUCUGCUGGCUUGUACCAGUGGUGGCUGCACUACCAGCACGAGCACGUCUGCUGUUACUGAGGAGGCUCCUCCCACCGGCCUGGCCGACCCGACUCUUAAGGUUACUGGUCCAGAGUCAAUGGAGAUCAGCUGGAGACCCCCACAGCACCCUAAUGGGAUCAUCACUGGCUAUGAACUCCGCAGAAAUGGGGAGGUUAUCUAUGUUGGCACAGAGACACAUUACCAUGACUUCACACUGCUACCAAGCAUGCAGUAUAGCUACGUUGUUAGGGCCAACAACAGCAGAGGUGCUGUCAGCAGCAAGGUAGCCACAGCAAAGACCCACCCAUCAGCCCCUUCCGGCGUGGCUCUCCCAACAUUAACGGCCCUGGAGGCAAAUCAGGUCAGAGUGGAGUGGCGGAGUCCCGCUCGUCCUAAUGGAGACAUUGUGCGUUAUACUGUGUAUCUAAAGGAUCCCGUCCAGCUUCGUGUCAUCAGCACAGUGUUCACCCCAGAAGAUAGGGCCUUUUCUGAGAGGCACGCCGUUCUGCACGGGCUGGCCCCUUACUAUAGGUAUGAGGUGAGGAUGGAGGCUUGCACGGUGCUGGGAUGCGCUUCCAGUGACUGGUCAUCUGUACUUACGCUGGAGGCUCCUCCUGCUGGACAGGCGGCGCCACUGCUAGACCUCCAGCCUGAUGCCCACACCGGCCUGCAGACGAGCUUCCUGCUCACCUGGGCCCCUCCGGCUCAGCCAAGUGGUAGAAUCCUUCAUUAUGAAGUGCACCGCAGGCUGGACCUCACCACUGAUACUCACAGAGCUGAAGCAGCAACAGUUGUCUGCAGGAAUGUCUCUACUUCAUGCAAAGAUAGCAGACUCCAGCCCUACACUGUAUACCAGUACCAGGUGUGGGCAGUGAACUCAGCCGGUCGCUCUGCCAGCCCGUGGGUCAGUGGGAGAACGGGACCUGCACCACCCCAGGGCGUCGGCCAGCCUAUUUUGCUACAUGUCUCGGCUACAUCAGCAGUCGUGGACAUCCAUCCUCCAUCCCAGCCUAAUGGGGUUGUUAGUCUUUACAGAGUGUUCUCAGUGGAUCACAACAACUACAGUCUGCUCUCGGAGGGUACAUUUCGUCAGCAAAAACUCCACGGUUUACGUCCUUACACUCAGUACCUGGUAGGAAUUGAAGCCUGCACCUGUUAUCAGUGUUGUACCCAGGGUCCGCUGAUCGAGCUGUACACCCAGCCUGCACCCCCAGCCGGCCAGGCUCCUCCUCGCCCCGUCACCCUGACCUCACGCUCUGUUCAGCUGGAAUGGGAUGAGCCUUCAGCGCCUAACGGAGUCAUUGAGAGCUGUGAGCUUCAUCUCAGGUCCACUUGCCCGCAGCCCCCCCAGCCUGUGCCCCUCCCUUGCAUAAAGGGAUCAGCAGAAAUCUGCUUCUUUGGAAAAAGGAAAAGCUUCAAUGUUACAGGUCUCCAGCCGUACUCCUCCUACGAGCUGAGCGUUGCCUGCUUCAAUAACAUGGGCAGCACUGCCUCCAGCUGGACGACUGUGAACACGCUCGGUGAAGCCCCCCAGUAUGUGUCUCCCUUCUCAGUGGACAGCAACCUGACGGUGAUUUGGCUGGACUGGACGGGGACUUUCUCUCUCAACGGGUACCUGAAGGAGUACACAGUGACCGAGAGCCAGCUGAGGGUCUACACCGGGUUUUACAGCUUUCUUCACAUUCAGCGCAUCUCGAAGAAAACUCUGUCCUUUCAGGUGACAUGUACCACGGACAGCGGUAGCGUCAGCACCCCCACAGUCAGAUACAGCCCAGUCACAGGCCUGGGCCCUCCCGAGCCAGCGGAUAGUGGUAAGCAGGGUGUCGGCAUGUCAACCACACCUGUGUAUUCUGAGCUGUGGUUCAUCCUCCUGUUCGCCCUGCUGGGGCUCUUUCUGCUCGCCAUCCUGCUGGGCCUGGUUCUACAAAGAGCCUUGAGGAAGAAUCCAUCAGCUCGAGAGCGCCCUCCACUGGUCAUGCUCCAGAAGACCGGGAAGGCUUCGGGAGAGACGCAAAAGAGGCCAUGUCCUGAGUUGUGCUCUAAACAUCUCUCCAGCUCUAUGCUCCUUCAUGACCGUCCAAGAGGUCUGGCAGACACAAAGAUCCCCAGCAGCAGCUCCAGCUACAGCCCCAUGUCUGUCCUGCGGGCCCCCAGCCACAGAGGCCUGACUCAAGCGUACUCCCAGAAUUCCCUGCACAGCAGCGUCAGUCAGCUGAUCGACAAGAAGGCACUGAUGAUGGAUGAAGGAAGCUGGGACAACCCACUGGGACAAGACUCUGGACUGUAUGUGGAGGAAGAUGAGUUUGUGGACGCCAUCAAGGCUUUAAGCUCUGGGAAGAAGGAGCACACCAUGUUCGCCGACACUCACCUGUAGGACAGGGUUCCUACAAACAAUCAGGUAUCACAGUCACCUUGCAGGCUUGGUUUUUAGCCGAGAUGGUGAAACGCCGAGACCGUUUGUUGUCGUCUUAUUGUAGCCCAUGUGUGCGUGUCCCCUGCUCGUGCCUUGACUGCAGCAGAGGCAGCGAUGAGACGUCUGUGAGCGUACAGUUGUUCACACGAGGACAUGGUCGGCUGGGACUGUGAAGACUGGGAUAGAACGGCUGCAUUUACUUCAUAGCUUGAAUAAAUGUGUAUUUAGUAAUCAUGCAGCAUGUUGCAUCAACCAGAACA